UUGACAAGGUUUUGAAAACUGUCUCAAAUCAUUAAGAUACGUUUAUAGAGCACACAAAACACAUAUUUCUUAAUUUUUUGUAGUUAUUCAUUGAGAAAAUGGAAAAUAAAAACAUGAUAUUCAAAUAUGCCGCCAAAACACAAUUUUGAAGAAUAUGGCGGCUCGCGACCAUGGUGACGUCACAGCGGCGUAAACAUCAACUUGCUCCUAGUACUCCAUGUUCGUUUUUGUUAUAAUUAAAGUUUAUGUUAAGUUAAUCUGCUUAAAAACAAGAAAAUGAGUUCUUAUAAGUGGUGUGUAGUUCCUGGAUGCAGAAAUACAACUAUUAAAACCCCUGACAAACUAUUUAUAUGUGCUCCAAAAGAUAUAAAAAUGCGUAGAAAGUGGUUGCAGUUAGCUCGCAGAAAUCCAAGUGAUAUAUCAAUUAAAACAGUUAUAUUUUUUUGUGAAGACCACUUCGAUAUUGAAAAAGACAUGGCCAACUACUGCAAGUACAAAAUGGGUUUCAGUCAGAAAAUACUAAUGGUAGAUGGAGUUUUGCCUUCUAAAUUUCAUUGCCAGCCAGAUCGCUGUAAAAGAAUUUGUGAGCCUGGUACUUCUCGUUCUGCCUUUGCAAAACGGCAAAGAAUCAACCUCAUUGAGCAAUGUGAAGCUGAAAUCUGUCAGCCAGCUGGCACUGAGGAUAAAUCUCAUGAAGGAAAGAUGGAAGAUAUAAUAACGGAACCUUCAACAUCAGAGAAAUCUACAACCACAGAUCCAAUUACAAUUGCUGAAAAGUCAGUACAAUUUAAUAGUUCUUACAAACUUCAUUUUAGAAGCAAAGCCGUGCAGACUAAAAUUUUUACAAGAGAUACAUCUGUUUCACCUUACAAAUACUCAUUUGUCUCCAGCAGCACUUCUCCAUUCAAGAUUGAUCAGCAUCCUUUCCAUGUUAAACCGUCAAAAUCUGGUGUUAUUAAUAUAAAGAAAAGAAUUGGUUUUGAUGAAGAUAAAUCAGAUGCUGAUGCCUCUUCUUUGUAUACAGAAGCUCCCAAACAAGAUUCGUCAUCAUACACAGCUUCAUCAAAGUUGUCAGAUACUAGUGCUUCGAGCAUUACAAAUACAAAUGAAGAUAUUCUGAAAUUGCAGUCUUCGCAGAUUAACUUGCAGUACAUUGUUAAGAAACCAACACUGUACAUUGGAAUUAGUAAAGAAUCUUACUUCAUAGUUAACUUAAUUCAUAAGCACACUAAUAUACCACAUGAACAUAUUUUGUUGUGUUUAAAAAAAAUCAGAUUAAAUAAUACUUUUUCUGAACUUGAAGAUGACUUCGGAUUCUCGUUGUCAUAUGGAAGUAAAUUAUUCACAAAGAAUAUCCCAGUCAUUGCUAGUGUUUUGCGCCCUUUCAUUGUUAAACUAGAUAAUUAUUCAAUCAAGAAAACCUUACCCAUUUCAUUUAGACACAAUUACCAUAAUGUAAGUUGUAUAAUAGAUUGUUUAGAAAUCGACAUUCAAAAACCAUCAAAAGCUUUGUUUCAAGCACUGACAUGGUCAGAUUAUAAAAAAGAUGGUUUAAAUCCUGGAAGUUUCAUUUUAGCUGAUCGUGGAUUUAAGCAUGUAGAACAGGUCCUGAAUGAGAAAGGAAUUAAAUUGUUAAGGCCACCUAGUGUACAAUCCGGAUCAAAAUUAUCUAAAGCAGAAAUGAUGUGA